AUGGCAGAAAGAAGAAACUUUGACCUGAAUCAGCUCCCAUUUCAGGAUUCAUCAGAAAGUGAAACUGAAAGUGAAGGUGGAAGUAAAUCUGAAUCUGAAUCAGGAGCUGAAACUGAAACUGAAAGCGAAAGCGAAAGCGAAAGCGAAAGUGAAAGCGAAAGCGAAAAGGAAGAGGAAAAGGAUCAGAAGAAGGAUCUCGUUAGAAUUAGGCAAUAUGGCAAUUUCAGAGGAUACUAUAAGAAACGAAAUGCAGGGACUCCUGACAAGGAUUCUCGUUUAGAAUUCUUGAGAAAGGAAUGGUUUGAAGACAAGGAGUGUCUUGAUAUUGGUUCCAACGAUGGCACAUUAAUUAUCUCCAUUGCGAAAAUGUUCCGGUGCGAGAGCAUUCUUGCAAUUGACAUUGAUCCUGAACUUGUUGAGAGAGCAAAUAAGAAAUUGAGAAAAGCUGCUGAAAGUGGUGAGUCCUCCAAGAAUCUGAAUGAUGUGGUCACAUUCAAACAAGAGAAUUUUGUGGAGAGCCAGCAUCCAGAACUCUAUCAUACUGUUACUUGUUUUAGUGUAACUCAAUGGAUACAUUUGAAUUAUGGAGAUCCAGGCUUAAUCAAAUUCUUUUACAAGAUUUGGGAGGUGCUUCGACCAGGUGGCGUUCUUAUAUUGGAACCUCAGGCAUGGAAAUCAUAUGUACUAAAGCAUAAUGUAUCACCUAUUACUGCUGAGAAGUUCAACGAGAUUAAACUUCGUCCAAAAGAUUUCCAAAAGAUACUAUUAAAUAGGAUUGGCUUUAAAAGUGUAGAACAUAUCAAUCCAGGAUGGUUAAAGGCCAAGUUUCGUUACAAUAGACCUAUUUUGGUUUUUAAGAAAUGCGACAAAGUACAAUAA